GUCAACUCUAAAAUCUCCUCUCAUAGUAAGGAUUAAAAACAAGAAAGAAAAUUAUGUAAAUAGAAAAGAAACGUCUCUUGAUUAGGGUUCAGAAGAUACGUCUCUACGUGUUGGUAAAAUACUCUCCCUCUCGUCUCUGUUCCUCUCUCCCCCACCCCACCGUCUCCAACUACCGUAUUGAAAUGACCGGCGAAUUUUUCUGUGUCUUCACUGUUCCGCUCCGAUCUUCAUAGAUAUUCGUCUACCCUAUUUUUAGGUUUUAUUUUGGGGGAAUCUCUUUCGAGGGCUUUGCUCUAACAUGUCGGGAAGAAAGGAGACAAUGUUGGAUUUGGUUAAGUUUGUGGAUAAGGGCGUUCAAGUUAAGCUGACUGGUGGUAGACAAGUCACUGGAACUCUUAAAGGCUACGAUCAGUUGCUGAACCUUGUUCUAGAUGGGGCGGUGGGGUCUGUUCGAGAUCAUGAUGAUCCGUUGAAGACUACUGAUCAGACGAGAGUUCUUGGUCUAAUUGUUUGUCGUGGAACUGCGGUGAUGCUCGUCUCACCAACUGAUGGAACUGAAGAAAUUGCUAACCCG